ACUUUUACUACAUUAAUGUUAUAUUUUAUUAGGAUAGGAUUACUUAUGUCUGUAGGUAUUUAUUGUGAUUUUCUUACAACCUUUAACUAUAGUACAUGAGGAAAUCUUUAAAGUGUUACAAAUGCAUUCUCAAAAGGGAAAUAACUAUGCAAGACUGGAGUUUUUACGCAAAACAAUUCUUUAAGGCAAAAUGUCAUAUCUAAAGGACACAUGGGUGUGAUCUGAGGAACUGCCUGAGUUGACGCAGAUUUCAUGUUUGAUGUGGUUAUUCAUAAGCAUGAUUCUUCAUUUUAACCACUAAGCAGGGUCAUCCUCUCUCAUGAGGAAGCCUGUGAGACUGAGGAGUUGAAAUGAAGCUUUUCUACUUUUUUCUUCUCUUUUUCACAAAUGGUGAGGUUGUGUCUGCUUGUGUUUAUUGAGGAGAUUUAUUUAUUGGUAUAUAUUUUUUUAAAUAAUAAUAAUUGCCUACAUUGUCUGAAUCAGCAGGUGUAAAUCUAACAAAAGGACAACUACAUAUGGAGUUCCCUGGAGAAAUGCUUCUAAGAUUUGUUUUUCAUCCGAACUACAGUUUCUAUACAAAGUAUUGUUGUAAGUUUACUAGAUAUGGGUGCAUGGUUUUUGUGAAUAGCAAGGGAUAUGUUCACAGUGCUUACGAAGGAAGAAUAGAAACUAAUGCAUACCCUGGAAUAUUUGAUGUUCGAAUCUGGAAUGUGCAUUCAAAUGAUGCUGGGACAUAUAGAUGUGAAAUCCGUACACCACAAAACAGCAUUUACCAGGAUUUUCAAGUUGUUAUAGCUGAUGUUGAAACUGCAAUGAAUCCAAUACUAGACAUUCCAAAAUCUACCAUCCCACCAGUGCACCAAAUAUUAGAUACACACCAGGAGAUAUCUAGUAAUGGAAAAUGGAGCUUGAAAUUCCUACUGGGAACCAUUUUUGGCAUUGUAGUAAUCACUCUCAUUAUAUCCAUCACUCUGGCAGUGAUCUGCUAUAAAAAGAAGUCAAAAGAUACAUGUGUUAGAAGCGUCCGCAGUGCACCCAGUGUUACUGAAGAACAGCUACCUCAGGAGCUCAUCUACACUACAGUGGAUUUCAAAUGUCAUCAAAAAACUUUCAACAUAUACGCCAACCUGGACAUCCACAACUCAAGACCUGAUUUAGGCAAUGCACUGCCACCACAGGACAAUGUAGAGUAUGCUUCAAUAGCUGGGGUUCUAUGAGUAGAAAAGUAAAAUUAUUACAAUACCUUGUUCAAAAAUAGUAUGUAGGCUGUAAUGCCCUACAGUAUUUCUGUGUAAACAAAUUCCUUGUGAUUUUUGGAUGUUGUUAUUUUGGACUCUGGUCAAAUGAGAUAUGAGCUUUUUGUACAGUUCAUAUUGGCAGUAUUCACUGGUAUGUACAUUGCAAUAUUUGCUUAAGACUCAAUUUUAAACGGACAUUUCCGUUCAAUUAAAGUCUGAGACCACAAGUGAAGUGCUAUCUAAUUCUAUUUUGUGUUCUUUGUUAAUUUAAUACAAUAAUUUUCAUUACAAAUUGACAUUUGUCUUUUGUACCAAAUAAUGAGAGUGAGCUUAUGCGUGGACUUCACAAGUUUGGGCAAAAACUUAUGAUGUAUUUUGGAUACAUAGUUUUGUCCAAAAACAUGUAACUUUAACAAAAACUUUAAUACCUUUUAAAUAGUGAUCUAGAAAUAAUAGAAUCUAAAUAAUAAAUAUUCACAAUAUUAAACAACUUUUAUUUUUUAAUUCUUCAGUUUAUAUAGUCUCAGAUUUUGGGACAACAAUAUUAACAACCAAGAUCAUCCUGGUAUCACAAAACAGUCUUUUCUCUUUAUUGUGAAGUAUAUGGCACAUGACGCAUGUCCUGCUGACUACAUCUGAUGAAACAAAUGGAAAUGCUGAAGAGGACUGUUUCAUAGAUUCCAAAACAUUACUCUCAACAUUGGUGUACUUUAAUAUAGUGCUUGUGAUUCAAGUAGCCAAUAACAGGAACAGCGA